GGAGGUUGGAGGCAUUAUCAGAUAUUCGUGCCCGACGGGCUCGGAUGAAGCAGCUGCAGUCCAAGGCCUCAGACACUAGUUCGAAUGCAUCUAGCGAGGAAGGAGAGAUAGUUUGUAGGGGAGGGAGCGAGAUGGAGAUAAGUGGAGACGAGGGGAUCGGCUUGGGAUCGGAGACGAUCCCGGCAGGAACAGAUAAAGGAGACGAAUCUAUAGAUAAUAAAUUACCCAAGAAAAGGCCUGCUGGUCGUUUAGAGGAAAGCGAGGGUGGUAGCAGCAAUCUGUUUGCGGAAGACCGUUAUCAUUUCUUAAUGGUUGUCUAG